GGGGAUACGAGCAGGUGGGGGGAGCUGAGGGCAUUUGGAGGGGGAUUUGGGGGCUGAGGGCAUGUGCUGGAGAGCGGUGUAGGGGGAGCGUUGGGAGGCAGGGUCUGAGGGAAGGGAGGGAGCUGGGGUCGGGGAGCAGCAGAGACGCAGCUGGAAGGUGUCUGGCUUGCAGGCUGUCCGGGUACUAUUUUGCAAUGAGGCUAUUGGGGACCCCGGUGCACUGAUCUGCCCCCUGCUCGUGCUGUUUUGCACUGGGGGGCCCCUCCCCAGGGCCCUUCUCCUCCCGUCUCCGUUGGCCGUCUUAGGACACCCCCCACCAUUGCAGGCUGCGCACGGUGCCCUCCCCAGUCAUCCAUCCCUCGCCAGGGUGGAGCAUGAAGCUGCCAGCCGGAGCAUCCUCAGCCUGUCCCCGGCAGCCGGGCUCGCUCCGCCGUUUUGCUGGUGCCCGCAGCCUGGCGGCAGAAGGGACCCCGUUCCCCCCCAGUUCGGGGGCCAUCUCGGCUGGGGGGCUCUGCAGGAAGGGGCGGAGGCACAGGCUGUGGAGGGGAUCGUGCCGACCCCCCCUCCUCUCCGAGCGGCAGAUGGACCAGUGACUCCAGGAGCAUCCCUGUGCCCCUCGAGCGCCAGCUAACGGGGGCCCGCUCCUUUGCUCCCCACAGAUCCGAGCCCCGGCGGGGGAGCGUGUGCAGCCCGCCCCAGGGGGGAGGUGGUGCGGCGCCCUGACCCCACAACCAGGUCCUGCCCGCCCACCCUCACUCCCACCAUGCCUCUCCUGUCCCCCCUUGGGGCCUCUACCUUCUUCCUCCUCCUAGCCUUGAGCCUCCCGCUGCACCAGGCCAAGGUGGAGGAGGGGCUGGGGGGCCAAUCCCAGGGGGCAUCGUCCCUGGAAGGGGCUAACGUCAGCAACCUGUGCCAGGAGUACACAGAGUGCCAGGAGGGGGUGAUCCUGCCCGUGUGGCUUCCCCAGAACCCCUCGGUGGGUGACAAGGUGGCCCGGGCCAUUGUGUAUUUCGUGGCGCUGAUCUACAUGUUCCUGGGCAUGUCCAUCAUCGCCGACCGCUUCAUGGCCUCCAUCGAGGUCAUCACCUCGCAGGAGAAGGAGAUCACCGUGAAGAAGGCCAACGGUGAGACCAGCACCACCACCAUCCGCAUCUGGAACGAGACUGUCUCCAACCUGACGCUCAUGGCACUGGGCUCCUCUGCACCUGAGAUCCUGCUCUCCAUCAUCGAGAUUGUGGGCCACGGCUUCCAGGCAGGCGACAUGGGUCCCAGCACCAUCGUGGGCAGCGCCGCCUUCAACAUGUUUGUCAUCAUCGCCGUGUGUGUGCACGUGGUGCCUGAGGGCGAGACGCGCAGGAUCAAGCACCUGCGCGUCUUCUUCGUCACGGCCUCCUGGAGCAUCUUUGCCUACAUCUGGCUCUACCUCAUCCUGGCCUGCUUCUCUCCUGGAGAGGUGGAGGUCUGGGAAGGCCUGCUCACCUUCCUCUUCUUCCCCAUCUGUGUGGUGCAAGCUUGGCUGGCCGACCGCCGCCUCCUCUUCUACAAGUACGUGCAGAAGAAGUAUCGCGCUGACAAGGCUCGGGGCCUGAUCAUUGAGACGGAAGGAGAUGCAGCCCUCCCCAAGCUGGAGGUGGAGCUGGACAGCACCCAAGCCAAUGGAGUGGGCGAGGCAGGUAAGGAUGGGGACGAGGAGGCCCGGCGUGACAUGGCACGCACCCUGAGGGACCUGCGGCAGAAGCACCCAGAGAAGGACAUGGAGCAGCUGAUUGAGAUGGCCAACUACCACGUGCUGGUGCAGCAGCAAAAGAGCCGGGCCUUCUAUCGCAUCCAGGCUACCCGCAUGAUGAUCGGAGCAGGCAACAUACUGAAGAAGCAUGCGGCCGACCAGGCACGCAAGGCACUGAGCCUGCCAGAGGUGCGCCCCGAAGAUGACGACUUGCUCACCAGGGUGACCUUUGAGCCAGCGCUCUACCAGUGCUUUGAGAACUGUGGCGCAGUGGUGCUGACAGUAGAGCGGCGUGGCGGCGACGUGGCCCGCACAGCCGUGCGUGUGGAUUUCCGCACUGAGGAUGGCACAGCCAAUGCCGGCUCAGACUACGAGUACGCCGAGGGCACACUGCUCUUCAAGCCAGGGGAGACACAGCGUGAGAUCCGCGUGGGUAUCAUCGACGACGACAUCUUCGAGGAGGAUGAGUAUUUCCGCGUGCACCUCAGCAACGUGCGGGCUGCCUGGGCUGAGUUGGGCACCGAGCCGGCUGCUACUGCCACUGUCACCAUCUUUGACGACGAUCACGCUGGAAUCUUUACCUUCGAGGGUGCCUCGGUGCGAGUCAGCGAGAGUGUGGGGGUCGUGCGAGUGCGGGUGCUGCGCACCUCUGGGGCCCGGGGCCGCGUGGCCCUACCCUAUCGCACCGUGGAGGGUACUGCAAAGGCUGGUGAGGACUACGAGGAGGCAGAGGGCAAGGUGGAGUUCCUCAACGACGAGACCACGAAAUUCAUCGAGAUUAAAAUAAUUGACGACGAGGAAUAUGAGAAAAACAAGAAUUUCCACCUGGAAUUGGGCCCCCCUGAACUGCUGGAGAUGGGUCUGCGGCACGGAGACUCUAACGAGAACCGUCCCAUGGAGGGGGAGGAGGGGGCUGCAAUCGCCAAGAUGGGGUGCCCCAGUCUGGGGGAACACUCUAAACUUGAGGUGGUGAUUGAGGAGUCCUAUGAGUUCAAGAGCACUGUGGACAAACUGAUCAAGAAAACCAACUUGGCGCUGGUUGUGGGGAGCAGCAGCUGGAGGGAGCAAUUUGUCAGUGCCGUGACGGUCAGCGCUGGGGACGAGGACGAGGACGAGACAGGUGAGGAGCGGCUCCCGUCCUGCUUUGACUACAUCAUGCACUUCCUGACGGUGUUCUGGAAGGUUCUCUUUGCCUUUGUGCCCCCCACCGAGUACUGGGGGGGCUGGGCCUGCUUCCUCGUCUCCAUUGCGCUCAUUGGGGUGCUUACCGCAUUCACCGGCGACCUGGCCUCACACUUCGGCUGCACCAUCGGCCUCAAGGACUCGGUCACUGCUGUGGUCUUCGUGGCCCUUGGCACCUCUGUGCCUGACACCUUUGCCAGUCGGGCAGCGGCCAUCCAGGACCAAUAUGCAGAUGCCUCCAUCGGCAACGUGACGGGCAGUAACGCAGUCAACGUCUUCCUGGGCAUCGGGGUGGCCUGGACCAUUGCGGCCGGGUACUGGGCCAGCCAGGGCCAACGCUUUGUGGUGUCACCAGGCACGCUGGCCUUCUCGGUCACCCUUUUCACGAUCUUUGCCCUGCUGAGCAUCGCCGUGCUGAUGUACCGGCGCCGAGCACCCGUGGGCGGAGAGCUGGGGGGUCCCCGCGCCCCCAAAAUCCUCACUGCUGUGUUCCUCUUCUGCCUCUGGCUCCUCUACAUCCUACUGGCUGCUCUGGAGGCCUACUGCCACAUCCAAGGCUUCUGAGAGGCAGGGCUGGGAGAGAGACCCCUGCCCUCUGGCUGGGGGAACCCCCCCAGUCCCAGCUCAGGUGGGGAGAGCCCCUCUGCCCCAGUCCCUGGGUGGGAAGGCCUCUGGCUGAGGGUGGGAGGAACACUCAUCAGCUCUGGGGAAAGCCCCAUAAUUCCUGGGAGGCAAUGCCGACGGCUCAGCUCUGGCUGGUGGAGGGAGCACAACAGGACGUUCCAAUCUCCUCCACUGCCUGCCUCCCUCAGACUGGGUAAGCCACCCACACGGGGAGUCCCCUUUCCCCAUCCUGGGCCCCCAUCAAGCUCUAAGGAAACCCCGAGUCCCUCCUCAGUUCAAAAGGGAACAAAGGACAUUCCAACUGCCCCCCCCCCCAGUGCAGUUUGGAUUUAGCAGGGGGCAAAGGUCAUUCCAUCACACACACACACACACACACACAGCGAGCUCUUCCUGCCUCAAGCGCCUCCCACCUGCUGCCUCCCCACCUCUGCCAUCAGGGCAGGAAGGAUGCAGGAGGAGGUAGCCCUGCAUGUAGAUGGUAGAAGAGUUGGGGAGGUGGUUAGUAGGGGUUGCUAGGGAAUGUGGCAUUUGGCAGCCCCACCAGAUCAGUACACAAACGGGAAGGGGAGGAUCUGACACUCUCCCUCUCCUUCGCUUUGUUUUUUAGCGUCCCUGCUCCUAAGCACUGGGACUCGUGUCUUCCAUCCCAAAACAUUAUUAUUCAUUGAUUCCCACUGGAACAAGGGGGAAGGACCUCUC